AUGGUCGACAAACAUCCAAAGAAUAACUUGAACGACUUUAUCUUCGAUGAUAACUACUUCGAAGAUAGCUGGGGUCUUCAUUCAAACUUGUUAUUCACAUCUUACAUGCAUCAAGUGAAUACAUUUAUGCCCGCCCCUUUGAGAGUUGCAGCUGCAAUCAGCAUUAGUGCGGAAAUGUCGAGACAUUAUUCUAUGCAUAGAUUGAAAGCAGUACAUCUUAGAGGCACUGAAAGCAAAACAGAAGAGUACCGUUGUUCAUCCGAGGAAUGUAGUACGCUGGAUCAAACCGAUCAUAACAUGAAUGGUACUUUUAUUGUUUCUAUUGGUUUACUUUUAAUUUCUUCGUAA